GUUGCCUGUGGGAGCGGUUGACCAAGGAGUCGUCGGCGUUGACAGCGUUGGCAGCGCCGCAGCAGUAGUCGCGGCGGCCUUCUACAACUUCACUGCGGAUUUUGUCGAGUCCUCGACACGGGCUAGUGGGAGGCAAAACAUGCCUUCGAGGCGUCAGCGUGUCGGUGCUGCGUCUCCUAGCCAUCCGUCGGUGGCCAUUCAGGUGCUGGACUUCCUCAACGCGGUCUAUAUGCCAGCCGUCAUCUACCUGGGGCUCGUGGGGAACGUGCUCUCUCUCAUCACUUUCCUCUUAACCAAGCUGAAGAACCGCGCCUCUAGCCUUUACAUGGGAGCCCUGGCCAUUUCCGACUCCGGCUUUCUCAUCAUACUUUCGUUCGCCUGGCUCAACGAGCGUGGCAUCAACGUGUACCAGCACGGGCUCUGUCUCGUCACCGUAUUUUUCACCUCUGUCUUCUCCUGCUGGUCCGUGUGGUUGACGGUGAGCUUUACGGCCGAGAGGUUUGUCGCAGUGCGCUACCCUCUCUGGAAGCUGCAGACCAGCUCUCCCAGCAGGAGACCACGUCUCGUCAUAGGCACCACUGCGAUUCUGAGUUUGGCUCUCAAUGCUCCCUUGUUGCUGUUCGUGAGAGUCGGUGACGGAGAGUACUCUGACUGCAGCCUUCACCCCGAGUACGAGAGUGCACUCUACUACCUGAACCUCUUGGACACGGUGCUCACCUUCAUCUUACCGUUUCUGCUCAUCUUUCAUGAAUUUCAUGAUUUCCCGCGCCAUUUACCGGUUCUACCUUCUUCACCCAGUAGGCUCAAUGGGAACACGGUGAUCUCCAAGGAUGGUACAAUAACGGCGACCAGUGGAGGAGGAAUCGCUCACGCGACUCAGAUCAGCGUGACACGCAUGCUCCUGCUGGUGUCCACUGUCUUCAUGCUCCUGAACCUGCCGAGCUACGUCAUGAGAAUCUACGUGUUCCUGCUGUCCCUGGGACAUUCGGAUCUUCCUGAUGCCAAGCACAGCUCCCUGCCUUACGUGCUGCAGCGCUACUUCAUGCUACUGUACUACACAAACUUCGCCAUCAACUUCGUCCUGUACAACGCCAGCUCUCGGAUGUUCCGAUCCACGCUGUGCGAGUACAUGCAAGGCAGGUGGCACGCACUCCGAGAGUCAAUGGCCGGCAUUCGAUCGAGCCUGGGCCGGUCUUCCACUAGCCAAACGAAGACAUCAUCAUUUGAACAAGUGCUGGGCAACUACUUCAACGAGGAGCAUUGA